AUGCGUUCAAGUCAGCGCUGUGAAUCUAUAAAGCUCCUGGCUUCUCUUGACUUCUGGGGCAGCACCCUCCUUCCUGAGUGUCAGCGUUCUCCAGCUGCAGAACCCUUCAGCCCUCCACGAGGAGAUUCAGCUCAGAGCACAGUGUGUGACAGACAUAUGGCUGUGCAACGCCGUCUAGAUGUCAUGGAGGAGAUGGUAGAGAAGACCGUGGAUCACCUGGGGACAGAGGUAAAAGGCCUGCUGGGCCUGCUGGAGGAGCUGGCCUGGAACCUGCCCCCGGGACCCUUCAGCCCCGCUCCCGACCUCCUCGGAGAAGAUGGCUUCUGAGCCCCGGAGCUGGAGCCUAGCAGCUGGAGGUGGUGCACCUGCCAGGCAGCACCCACAGAGCCAGCCCUGUCCUCUCGCCGUCCUUCCUCAGCUUCAUGUGAAAUAAAAACUAUUCUUUUGGUCUCCUCUGUGUCUGCUGACAGAGUAACCCGUUUAACUAUAGCCCCCUCUCCCUCCACUUCCAUACCUGGAGGAGGCCUGCAACCCCCUUCAGGCUCAGACCUGGGGACACACCCACACCCGCCAUCUGUGCUUUAGCCCUCCUUAUUUACAGGGGCAGAUGGAGCAGGGGUUGACUCACACAGGUGGGGGCCCUUCGAGUGGCCUUGCUUCUCAAAAUGUGGCCACAGGUGAGAAGCAAGGGGAUCAGGGUCUCAGGACCCAGCCAGACUCCCAAAUCUGCAUUACAAUGAGACCCCCAGGGAAUUUAUGUGUCCGUUAAAGUGGUUUGUUGUUUUU